AUGUUGGCUGCCACCACGCGUAGAGCUUUUGCCUCCCUUUCCAACAGUGCCGCCAAGGCAUACAGCACCGCCGCCACCACCACUCAAAUCAGCACUGCUCAAAAUGGCAUCAAGGUUGCCUCGAUUGAAGAGCCCGGCCAGGCUGCUGGUUUGUCCGUUGUUAUCAAUGGUGGUUCUCGACUUGAAAGCUCCAGCGGUGUUGCUCAUUUCUUGAAGAACUAUGGCUUCAAGAACAACAGCAAGCGUACUGCUUUCCGCGUCACUCGUGAAACUGAAUUGGCUGGUGGUGUCUUGUCUGCCAACCUUACUCGCGAAACCAUUUCUUAUUCUGCCGAGUUUUUGAACGGUGAUGCUGCUCAAUUCGCUGAAGUCUUGGGUGAUGUUGUUUCCAACCAAAAGUUCCAACCCCACGAGUUUGUCGAUGUUGCUAAGCAAACUGCUGCUGAAUCCUCUGCUGCUGCUCACUCGGCUGAAGUUGCUGUUCUUGAAGCUGCUCAUCGUGCUGCUUUCCGUACUGGUCUUGGUAAUGCCAUCUUUGCCAACCCCAAUGCUCGUAUCAACAAUGAUGCUGUCAAGGCUUAUGCUGCUGAAUUGUUCCAAUCUGGUAACAUUGCCUUGGUUGGUUCUGGUAUCCCUCUUGAGGCUGUCCAAGAGUUUGCUGAGACUUUCAUCAAUGUCCCUGCUGGCAACGUCUCUCGUCAAGCUUCAAAGUACUAUGGUGGUGAGGUCCGUGUUGAAUCUUCUGUCGAUGGAAAGAGCCACUACAUUCUUGCAUUCGAGGGUGCUCCUUUGAACUCCAAUGAAUACGCUGCUGCUCAAGUCUUGCGUUUCGCUUUGGGUGGUGAGCAACGUGUCCAAAACGCUGCCGCUGCUGGUCUUCUUGGUGAAGCUGCCGCCAAGUUGGGUCAAGAUGCUCAACUCAAGGCCUUCAACAUUGGCUACUCUGAUGCUGGUCUCUUUGGUGUCUACGCCUCUGCUCCCUCUUCCUCUGUUGCCUCUGCUGUUGCCGCUGCUGCUGAACAACUCAAGGCCGUCUCCAAGGGUAUCUCUGAACAAGACUUUGCUGCCGCUGUUGCUCAAGCCAAGUUUGCUGCUUCCAAUGCUUUCGAGACUCGCUUGGAUCGCUUGGAAACCAUUGGUGCUCAGGCUCUCUUUGAUGGCAAGUAUACCUCUGUCGCUGAAGUCGCUGCUGCUUUGGACAACGUCUCCACUUCCGAUGUCGCCAAGGUUGCUGAAAAGUUGUUGAGCGGCAAGGCAACUGGUGCUGCAGUGGGUGAACUUUACAGCUUGCCCUAUGCUGAUUCUCUUUCCCUCUAA